GUCCAACUAACAUCGAGCAAAACAACUCCUCUCUUCUUCAUACCCAAUUUCCUCUCCAGCCGCAAAAAUGGGCACACCAACAACAAACAUGACCCUGCUCCAGAACCCAGAUCUUUGUACUUUGGACACAUGUCCCAUUGAAUUGGCCAGUGUCGAAUAUGUUCCUAAUUUGGCGGGUAACGUCUUCUUCGCCGCAGUCUUCGGUCUUAUUAUUGCCUUUCAGCUUUUCUUCGGCAUCAAAUACAAGACCUGGAGCUACAUGAUAGCCAUGAUAUGUGGUCUAGCACUGGAAAUUAUUGGAUAUGUUGCUCGCAUUUUGAUGCACAACAAUCCCUUCGUGUUUGACAAUUUCCUCAUGUACCUCGUCUGUUUAACUAUCGGACCCGCUUUCCUCUCCGCAGCCAUCUAUCUCUGCCUCUCCCGCAUCGUGAUCGCAUACGGCGAAAAGAUCCCUUAUUUCCCAGCCCGCACGUACACCAUGCUCUUCAUCACGUGUGACCUGAUUGCCCUAAUCCUACAAGCCGCCGGCGGUGCCAUCGCCUCCAUUGCUGACGAUCAAGAUACCACGAAGGUCGGUACAAACAUCAUGGUUGCCGGUGUCUCGUGGCAGGUGUUCAGUCUCCUUCUCUUCGUGGCCCUCUGCACCGAUUUCGCGCUCCGGGUCCGCCGUGCCCCUGCGAACCUAUUCAACCCGGAGUUUGAGGGCCUGCGACAGACAACGGCUUUUAAGGGGUUCUUGCUGGGUCUGGGUGCUGCGACUUUGCUUAUCAUUAUUCGGUCUGCUUUCCGAUGCGCUGAACUCAGCGAGGGAUUCGAUGGGAAGUUGGCGAACGAUGAGAUCACUUUCAUGGUGCUAGAGGGAGCGAUGAUUGCCGCGGCUGUUAUUGCCUUGACGGCUUUCCACCCCGGCUGGGUGUGGAAGGGACAAUGGGGAGAUGCGGUAUGGAGCGUGCGAUCCAAGAAGGGAGAGAAAGGAAAUUAUAAGGGGCUUGUGAUUGAGGGUGAGGAUGAGAGCUAUCGGAUGGAGUCGAGAGAGCGGAUCAACACCUCUUAUGCUUAGGAGGUUGUUGGUUGGCAGUUUAAUGGAUUAUGUUUUCGUUUCCUUGUCAUUACGGAUAGAAUUAUCGUUCCAGCAUUUGUAUCUUUUUAGCUAGUCAAGUUUCCCUUGAGGACACUGCUCCAUAGUAUCUAAUAUAUCAGUUCGUGAGCUAUCUCUGGCCUUUUACAACG